UAAUAUAUUGUAACUAUUAAUUGAAGUCGCUUGCUUGGAAAACAUAAGCUAUGGAACAAGUUUGCCGUGCUUGCAUGACUAGUUCCGUGGCACUAGUGGAUAUAUUCGCCGAUCAGAGAGCUCCUAGUCUGGCGGACAUGCUGAACGAGUGCGUCGACUGUGAGAUAAAACAAGACGACCAACUUCCAAAGAAAAUAUGCCUAGCGUGCAUUUGUGAUGUUCAAGCUGCAUUUGGAUUUAAGCGCAAGUGCGAGAAGAGCCACCAGGUGUUGAGCGCAAAGCUAAAUAAAGCUGUAAAUUUGGAAAUGACAGAGAAAGACAUAGACCUAGGUUGUGUGAAGGAGGAACAGGAGGAAUUCACAAGUGCAGAAGAGAAUCAAAGGGAAUAUAAUUCCAAUAUGUCAAGUAGCAGUCCUAUCAAUGUUCCAUCUGAUUGCAAUACGAAUGUGAAUAUACAGUCUGAAUUGCUUAAUACAGAAAAUUUGGAACUGGCGGAAGAAAGCAUUGACUUAGGCUGCGUCAAGAUUGAGAAGGAUGCAGUCGUGGCUACUGAAAAUGUAAACAAUGUAUCAAGUGCAACGCCAGUGGAAACUUCUGAGACACAGAAAGUCAAUGAGGAGUGCCAGGAAGCCUAUAAGCCGAAUAAUAAGCUACCAUCUAAUUUAAAGACUGAGUCUGCUCCCAAAAGAAAUCAAUUCCAAUGUCCACACUGUUCAAAAGACUUUAGCCAAAGCUCGCAUCUCAAUGCGCACAUUCGUACUCAUACUGGUGAACGGCCAUACAAAUGUACACACUGUCCAAGAGCCUUUAGUCAGGCUUCAAAUCUCCGUAAACAUCUCUGCAUUCAUUCUGGCGAACGUCCAUUUAAGUGUCCUCACUGUUCAAAAGCCUUUACUCGACACACGGAUCUGCAAUACCACGUCUCGAUUCAUCCAGGCAAACAAAUCCACAAGUGUCCACACUGCACAAGAUAUUUUAUAGAGAGCGCUGAGCUCGAGGAGCAUUUACGUUAUCACACAGGAGAUCGAAUUUACACUUGUACAGAGUGCUCCAAAGAGUUUGGCUAUGCUUGGCAACUGCAGAGGCACAUUCGAACGCACACCGGAAAGCAUCCAUUCAAGUGUCCCCACUGCUCAAAGACCUGUGUGGACAAGGGAGAUCUAGGCAGACACAUCCGAUCCCACACCGGCGAGCGUCCGCACAAAUGUCCACACUGUCCAAAGGCUUUCACCCGCGCUGCUUAUCUUAAAACGCACAUCAAUACUCAUAGCUAAGAAAACCCAUAGUGGAAACUCUUAUAAAUCCGUUAUAUAAUUCACAUCAUUGGAUUAUUCAAUUAUUUGUCCUAAUUCCUUGCCUAGCGUUUUAUAAUUUAAAUUUGGCGGCAAAUGUGCCUAAGCCCCAUACUGCAAUUAUCGAUGAAUGUCUUGAAGCUCGAUAAAUGUAUCUUUUGCUAGAAAACGGAAUAUUUGAUAUAAAAGUGUAAUAUCAGAAAUGCAAGUGAAAUAAAAUAAGGCUAAGCGAAUCUUCAUUAA